UGUGACUGCAAAUGCAAGCAUGCAACACAAAAGAAAAGCACAGAGACAGCACAGAUUUUGUUUUAUUUUACACCACACCGGAAGUCCGAAGCAAACAACGAAGAUUAGCUCUCUCUUUUUUUUAAUAAAUGGAAGAGGUUUCAACGGGGGCCAUUGUCCCAGCGGUAAAGCCAGAGCCGAAACCCUCAACAUCCACGGCUGCCGCAGUUGCGCCGCCUGAGCCCUCCUCCGCCCCGAGCGCAGAAGAUGCUGAGCUGGAGAAGGAUUUCCUCUGCCCGAUUUGCAUGCAGAUUAUAAAAGAUGCCUUCCUCACAGCAUGUGGUCACAGCUUUUGCUACAUGUGCAUCACCACACACCUCCGUAACAAGAACGAUUGCCCUUGCUGUAGACAUUACCUCACUACCAAUCAGCUCUUCCCUAAUUUCUUGCUCCAAAAGCUAUUAAAGAAGGCCUCUGCUCGUCAAACAUCCAAGAAUGCGUCGCCUAUUGAACAUUUUCGCCAAUCCUUACAGCAGGGUUGUGAAGUUUCAAUUAAGGACCUGGACGCCCUCAUGUCACUUCUUGCAGAGAGGAAGAGAAAAAUGGAACAAGAAGAAGCCGAGAGAAAUAUGCAGGUGCUGCUAGAUUUCUUGCACUACUUGCGGAAGCAAAAGAUGGAUGAAUUGAAUGAGGUACGUACCGAUCUUCGAUAUAUUAAGGAGGACAUAGAUGCUGUAGAGAAACACAGAAUUGAGCUGUAUCGUGCCAGGGAUAGGUACUCUAUGAAAUUGCGAAUGCUUGGAGAUGAUCUCACUGUGCGAAAACCGUGGGCGUCAACAAUUGACAAGAACCACAGUGGUGUUGUCACCAGUUCUCUUAAUGCUAGAGGGCUGACUACUGGGAAUAUUCCAACCAAGAAAAUGGAUGGAAAGGCUCAAGUAAGCUCUCAUGGGCUCCAGAGAAAGGAUACAUCAAGUGGGUCUGACCCGCAAUAUAAUCACUCAGGUUUAUCUGCAGUGAAGAAAAAGCGCGUGCAUGCACAGUUCAAUGACCUGCAAGAUUGUUACUUGCAAAAGCGCCGUCAGUUGGCAAAUCAUCCGCAUAACCAGUCAGAAAGGGAUAAAAAUGUCAUUCAUAGAGAGGGCUACAAUGCUGGUCUUGCAGAUUUUCAAUCUGUGCUGAGUACAUUUACUCAGUACAGUCGGUUAAGGGUCAUUGCUGAACUCAGGCACGGGGAUAUAUUUCACUCAGCCAAUAUAGUAUCAAGCAUAGAAUUUGACCGUGAUGAUGAAUUUUUCGCUACUGCUGGAGUUUCACGGCGAAUCAAAGUCUUUGACUUUUCUUCUGUUGUGAAUGAACCUGCAGAUGUGCACUGCCCUGUUGUGGAGAUGUCUACACGUUCUAAACUUAGCUGCUUGAGUUGGAACAAGUUUACUAAAAAUCAUAUAGCCAGUAGUGAUUAUGAGGGAAUAGUAACUGUUUGGGAUGUGACAACCAGGCAGAGCGUGAUGGAAUACGAAGAGCAUGAAAAACGUGCAUGGAGUGUUGAUUUUUCUCGCACAGAACCUUCUAUGCUUGUAUCUGGUAGCGAUGAUUGUAAGGUCAAAGUUUGGUGCACAAAGCAGGAGGCUAGCGUUCUAAACAUUGACAUGAAAGCAAAUAUUUGUUGUGUCAAGUACAAUCCUGGAUCUAGCAAUUAUAUUGCGGUUGGUUCAGCAGACCACCAGAUUCACUACUAUGAUUUGAGAAAUGUCACCCAUCCACUCUAUGUGUUCAGCGGGCACCGGAAAACUGUUUCAUAUGUAAAAUUCUUAUCUAACAGCGAGCUUGCUUCAGCGUCAACAGACAGCACAUUAAGGUUAUGGGAUGUAAAAGAGAAUCUGCCUGUUCGUACCCUUAGAGGCCACACAAACGAGAAAAACUUUGUGGGUCUCUCAGUAAGCAGUGAAUAUAUUGCAUGUGGGAGUGAAACAAAUGAGGUCUUUGUCUACCAUAAGGAAAUCUCUAAACAUGUGACACGGCAUAGAUUUGGUUCCCCUGAGAUGGAUGAUGCUGAUGAGGAUGCAGGAUCUUACUUCAUCAGUGCUGUUUGCUGGAAGAGUGAUAGUCCUACAAUGCUAUCUGCAAAUAGUCAGGGUACAAUAAAAGUAUUGGUUCUUGCAGCUUGAAAAAUUUAUAAAAACAAGAAAAAAUGAAAGUAAUACAAGCACAGAAAGAACUUGUGUUGAAUUGUCUGUUCUGUUGUUAUGGAGACAGUUCACUGUUUUGUGGAUGUAAAUUGGAGCCUGAAGCUGGGUGGAUCUCUCUCUCUCUCUGUUUUUUUUUGAACUUUUGUCGGGGUUUUACAGUUCUGGAGGCUGUGAAUUAAGGAAAAUUAUCUCAAGAAAAAUUAUUACACAACCAGUUUCAUGCGGGUCAAAACUGCGAUUGGUUGGUGCAGUGGACCCUAAUAUGAAUACUGGGUGCUGCAACAAGGGCCGUGUAAUGGUUUCUCAUGGGUUAAGUAGAUCUCAUAGAUCAUGUAAAUAAAUUUUAUUUCAUGAAAAAAAUAAUUAUCAC